GACUGCCUCGACGCUUGUAUCACGUUAAUCAUUUUGUUGAAUAAUAAUUUGUGCCUAAUCAAAAUAUAAAUUUGUAUACAGUUUUAUUUUAUACAAGCACUAGCUCAAUGUGCAAUAUCUGUUUUUAUCUGACAUUUAGUCAUUCCAAAUGUAACAAAUUUUGUAUUCUUGGAAUAUUUAAGGAUAGUGUGACAAGUAUACAAAAGUGAUAUUAGAAAUUAUUCAUUGAAACCACGUAAUCAAAAUGGUAGACUUGAAAAAUAAUGUAAAUGAAGCACAGGAUUCUAAUGAUGAGUCAAGGAUGAGAACUGAUAGUUGUGGAACUAUGCCAUCAACACCUUCUUCAUCAUCUGAUUAUAUGACAGGGGAGGCAGAUGACAGUUCAGAUAGCAAAGCUGCCAUACCAUUUAGUUUAAAGUCAGUGGAAACUGCACUUUCAUUAUCUAAGAGUACAUGCGAAGAGGAUCUGAAGGAGAUGGUACAAAAAUGUAAACAAAUGGUAUUAGAAAGCGCAGAAUGCUCUGCUGAAAGAAAAUGGCUAGUUAGACGUUUAAUUGAAUUACGUUUAAGAGUGCAAGAAUUAAGAGAAACUUCAGAAGAAAACUUAUUAGAAACACAAGUAAUUCUUGGACAUCACCUAGUACCACAAAAAUAUUAUAUUACAACUUCUGGAACUGUAUAUUGUGAUCAUUGUAGUGGAGCUAUUUGGGCUAUGCUUCAGUCAUGGUAUAUGUGUAGUGAUUGCAAGUUCUGUUGCCAUUGGAAAUGUUUAAACAACAUAUGUAGAGUAUGCGUUCAUGUAGUUGCUAGUGAAGCAGGUGGUUAUACUCAUACAAAAGAUAUUUGUCCUGAGCAAGGCUUAUCAGGUCAAGGAUAUAGAUGUGCUGAAUGCAAAGUUCGAAUAACAUUCACUUUCUCAAAAGGAUUAUCUUUAUCUUGUUUUGGCAGUCCUUUCAAGAAUACAGAAUCAGCAUGGAUUGAACCACGUCUUUGUGACUACAGUGGAUUGUAUUACUGUCAAAGGUGCCAUUGGAAUACCGCAAUGGUAAUACCUGCAAGAGUAAUUAGAAACUGGGACAUGGAACCGCGACUUGUAUCUCGAGCAGCCGCACAACUUUUAACACUUUUAGAAGAACGUUCUGUUUUAGUACUAGAGGAAUUGAAUCCGAAAUUAUUUACCUUAGUCCCAGAUUUAUCUUUAGUAAAGAAAAUGCGGGAGGAAAUACAAAUGAUGAAACGCUAUUUGGUUCUAUGCCCGGAAGCUAGUAACCAAGGGCUACCGUGGAAAGUUGGAAUACGUACUCACAUGAUUGAAAACUCGGGUAAUUAUUCGAUUAAAGAUCUCGUUGAUUUGAAUAAUGGAACACUUCUGGAAGAAAUACGUGCUGCGUACGAUGUUAUGCACGCUCACAUUACAGAACAAUGCGAAUUGUGCAAAGCAAGGGGUCAUUUAUGUGAAUUGUGUGGUAACGAUGAAAUUAUAUAUCCAUGGGACGUAAGUUCCAUAACUUGCCAUCAAUGCUCAGCUGUUUAUCAUCGAGCUUGUUGGUCGAAACUAAAUGACUGUUGCCCACGAUGUACAAGGCUUCAAAAGCGACGCGCCUUACAACAUCAACAAAAUUUCCAUACAGAUGACAGUGUUACAGAGGACGGGCUGAAUACCAGUGAAUCGUUGAGCGAUACAACAUAAACACUACAUAAUUUUGUAUUAUAUUCAUCCUUUCAGUCGCUGACAAUCUUACGUUCUUCGUGCUUAUUCCGCGAGUUCAUUAUACAUUCUGAACUGUACAUAUUACUCGUAUGCAAGUGUUUUGUAAUAAGGUAAAUUAGAAAUUUUACAUAAUAAAAUAAUAUCUUGUACAUAUAAUGA